AUGUCUGGCCGUGGAAAAGGUGGAAAAGCAAAGACCGGAGGAAAAGCCAAAUCUCGAUCGUCCCGCGCGGGACUUCAAUUCCCGGUCGGACGUCUCCAUCGCCUUCUCCGUAAGGGAAACUACGCUCAACGAGUAGGAGCUGGAGCUCCGGUUUAUCUCGCCGCUGUUCUCGAGUACCUCGCCGCUGAAGUCCUCGAGUUGGCUGGAAAUGCCGCUCGUGACAACAAAAAGACCAGAAUCAAUCCACGUCAUCUUCAAUUGGCCGUCAGAAACGAUGAGGAAUUGAAUAAACUUCUUGCUGGCGUCACUAUCGCUCAAGGAGGUGUCUUGCCAAACAUUCAAGCCGUCCUUUUGCCAAAAAAGACUGCCGAUGAGAAAUAA